GAUGUUUGUUCUUGAAGUCGUCGGAUGGAUUUGAUACCCAUUCGAUGAUCGGCUUGGGAUUUGGAGGGUUUUGAUAUCAGGAAUCUGAUAGCAUCUAGUGAUUCCAUGCGCAUAGUGCUCGAGUACCUGGUUCAAGUGAUCCGAACCGCAUUUCAUGCAGAGUCGACUAGUACUAUGGAUGGUUCCCAACGUGCGUCAUACACAAACCACCGAACCACGUGGACCACCGUCUCUAGCUGCACUCUGAUACGCUUCGUGUGCUUGUACAGUGCCAUAUUCCGAGUCUUAUGGACAGAUGUUCCACGACUCAGGCUAUUUCAAUGUUUAACGUCAGAGUAAGGAGCUGCCUGAAAUCUAACGGGCGUGCUGGAACACCUGUAGAGUAAUAUAAAGUUACGCUCGACAUUUUGUCUUGUAUCUGUGCCCGUAUCGAAGUUCCUAUAAUGCGU